CAACUCAUAACUUCACUGAAUGGAAAAAGAUAUGGGCAGAUUAUAAAAGCAAUAUUAAGGCGAAGUUGCGAAGGAAUAAGGAGAGCAUGUCGGGAACAGGAGGUGGACCAUCGAGAUUCUGUUCAUUAACUGCGACGGAAGAACAAGUGGUUGCGUUACUGAACAUAGAUGAAUCUAUAAAUGGCGAGGCUGAAACAAUGCGCUUUGGUGCUACUACCUUCGGCGAUCCUGCAUCAUCUAGCCCACUUGAUUGUAUAAACUUGGAGCCUGAAGAAUAUCCAAGUAAUGAUGCAGAGAAUCAGCCACCGAAUGCUAUCCCCACUACGCCACCGAUUGUUAUUGCACCCCCGAAUCGCGCACGCUCACUACCACUCGGCAAAGACAAUUUGCUAAAACUUCAAGUGGAAAACCAAUGCCAAUAUCACGAAAAUUCGAUGAAAAAGCUGGACGAAGUAUGUGAUAAUUUAAAUAGUUUAAGUAGAUAUUUUAAGAGGAAUGUUGAGCUCGAAGAGGCUAAACGUCAAUUAAAACGAGAAAAAUUUGAAUUUUUCAAAAAAAAUGAAAAAAAGAAAAGAAAACUGAAGUUAAAAGCACUGAAGCUAAAAGCUAAACUUUGUAAAUAG